AUGAGAAAAAGGGCCCUCUCAGGUACUGCUACUACUGCCGCUUUUACUACUCUUUCAUUUCUUUCUCCAAGAAAUUCAACCCCCAUCCAAUCUGCUUUUCACUCUGCAGCCCUCACUAUUGGUAUUACAAGCAGUAAUCAUCAUCAGGCUAAGCCUAACAACAUUGUUCAUUAUGGGUCUCGGGGAUUAAGGAGUGAUAUUGACAGAAUCAGCAAUCUUGAUGAAGCUCUAGGCUUUUACAAGCAGAUGGUCGGGAUGAGACCUGUGCCUAGUGUUGUUCAUUUCACUCAAUUGCUGGGUCGUAUUGUUAAGAUGAAGCAAUAUUUGGUGGUUCUUUCUCUUUACAGAGAUAUGGCUGAGUUAGGAUGCAUUCCGCUUAAUGAAUACACACUUAAUAUUGUGAUUAACUGUUAUUGCUUCUUGGGUAAAGUGAAUUUUGGGUUUUCUAUAUUUGGUGGCUUCUUCAAGCGAGGUAUUUUGCCCGAUACGGCCACCUUUAAUACUCUGCUUAAAGGACUCUUUUGGGAACACAAAAUUCAUGAGGCACAAGCAUUGUUCAAGAAAAUAAUAUAUGAAAAGCUAUGCAUACCUAAUGAAAUUACGUAUGGGACUGUGAUAGAUGGGCUUUCUAAGGCUGGGAACACUAGCAUGGCCAUUCAAGUCCUUAGAUUCAUGGAAAAAGGAGGAAGGUGCAGGCCUCAUACAGCUGCUUACAACACUAUUAUCGACGGGUUGUGCAAGGAUAAAAUGAUGGAUCAACACUAUUCUUGA